CCGACGUUUCCUCGUCGGGCGCUUCCGCCUGCAUCCCUUUCCGCAUCCGGGGUUGUGGGUUGUGAGAAGAGGGUGGAGCAUCGCUUCCGUCGCUGCCGCUGCUCGGUAACAGGUCGCUGUGGGAGGUGCCGCCGCCAUCAUCAUGUCCGGCAGCGGCAGCACCGUCGCCGCCACCGUCGCGACCUCGGCAGUUCCAGCCGCAGCCUCGCCACCGGCGCAGCCGCCGCCGCCUCCGCCGCCGCCUCCACCUCCGCCGCCGCCUCAGCCACAACCUCCACCGCCGCUUCCUGGGACUUCUGCGGGCGCCACCACCGCCGAGCCCGAGCUGGUGUCGCUCAUCCUCAACCGCCUCAAGAGCCAAGGACUCUUUGACCAGUUCCGCCGCGACUGCCUGGCAGAUGUAGACACGAAGCCUGCAUAUCAGAACUUAAGGCAGCGGGUGGACAACUUCGUUUCCAACCAUCUAGCAACGCAUACAUGGAGUCCUCACCUGAACAAGAACCAGCUAAGAAAUAAUAUUAGGCAACAGGUUCUCAAAUCUGGAAUGUUAGAAUCUGGAAUUGACAGAAUCAUUUCUCAAGUUGUAGAUCCAAAGAUCAACCACAUAUUCAGACCACAGGUAGAAAAGGCUGUCCAUGAGUUUUUAGCCACAUUAAAUCACAAAGAGGAGCCCAGUCCCAGCACAGCACCACCUGAGGAAAAGUCAGAUGCUGCUUUUUUGAUUCAAGGUGUUUCUGCUACCACUCCAAGUGCAAAUGUAGCUAAUGAUGCGAUGUCCAUUUUGGAAACAAUUACAUCUCUAAACCAAGAAGCAAGUGCAGCCAGGGCCUCCACAGAAGUAGCAAAUUCAAAGACUAAUGACAGAGUUUCAAAGAAAUUCUUGUCUCAUCAGAGCAUGGAUGGCAGUAUUGAGAGAGACCGGAAUGUUGAAGAUAUUCUAGAUGGAGAGAAACCUCCUUGUAAUUCUACAGAAGAAAGCUUUGAGCCAGUUGCAAACUGUGAAGAUGUAAAUAAUUUAUUUUCUUCAAAUGAAGAAGGAAAAACUGUGUCAAAAGACAUUAACAGUUUGGUUAAUUCAAGCAAAGACAUUCUGCAGGAAGGUGAUGAGCAGAAAAAUAAACUGAUGGACAAAUGUGAUAGAAAACCAGAAAACUUAGAGAAAGGAGAGAGGAGAAAAGAGAAAAAAGAAAAAUCUGACAGAAAGGUGGACCUCUUGAAAAAGAGUGGAGAUGACCUUAAACCAAGAGAAGAAAAAACAGUGAGAGACAAAGAGAUAGAACUCAUAAAAUAUUCAGCUGUGGAAAAGAACAGUAGUAAACAUAAAGCAAAUGAAAGUACAAAAGAAGCUUUAGAAGAUUCGGAUGUGGACAUACUCAGCGAUAUAACUGUUAGCUCUGUGCACACCAGCGAUCUUUCUUCAUUUGAAGAGGAAAGUGAAGAGGAACUUGCACUUUCUGAUAGCACUGAAGAAGGGGAAAUUGUUUCUGAUGUUGAUGAAGAAGAACACAAUCAGAUUAAAACAAAGCCAGAGGCUAGUGCAGCUAAUGAUAAAAAGACAAAACCUGGACGACAAGCUUAUGUCCACAAGCCUUACCUUUAUUCCAAGUAUUACAGUGAUUCUGAUGAUGAAAGGACUGUAGAGCAACGACGCCAAUCUGUUGCUAGAGAAAAAGAAGAGAGACUUUUAAGGAGACGGCUUAAUAGAGAAAAGCUUGAAGAAAAGCGGAAACAAAAAGCAGCAGAAAAAACAAAAACUUUGAAAACUGGAAAUCAAGGUAAAAGCAUUCAAAACCCAGAAGAAUCUUCAGGGAAAGGCCUUGAACUGAAAGCCAGUGGUGCCAGCAUUAAGGAUGUGCUUAAAGAACAAAGGUUUUUGGAGAAAAAGGUAGCCCUAAGUAGGAAAAGAAAGAGAGAAUCAAGACAUGAUGAAGAAGGUAGGGAAAAAAAACAUGAACAGGCAGACGAAGAUCUUGGAGAAAUUCAGAGGAUAAGUGAAAGUGGUGAAAAGUCUUCCAUAAAAGAUGUGAAAGCCAAUCAGAGUAAAAAUGAAGGAAAUAAGCCUGUUAGAAGACUUCCAGAGUCCGUGCACUCAACUGAUGAAAACAGAAGUGAUUCCAAGGGGGAAAAGGAACACAAAAGAAAAACAUCUCUCUCUCUUCUGAUAGAUGGAAUACAGCAAGACACUGAAUCCCGAGAUCUAAAACCUUGGUUUGACAGAACAGAGGCCUGUUUGGAAGAAUCUCAAAAGCAAAAGAGUGUACUUAAAAAUGAAAAACAUCUCAAAAAGGAUGAUUCAGAAACUCAAACUUCUAGAAAUGUUCAAGCCUCCAAGAGAGAGGCUAGAUCAUCAAAAGAUAAAAAUGAAAAAGACCGAAGUCUUUCUGAAGAUAAGUCAUUACUGAAGCAUAAAGCAGCUGUUCAUAAAGGAGAUGGUGUUCAUAAAGCUGGUGAUGAAGUAGAAAAUUUGCCAUCUGAGAGAGGCCUAAAGAGUGAGGAGAGUGUUCAGAAACAUAAUCAACUAGCAAAAGCUUUGUCAGAUGAUAAAGCUGAAAGGAAGACUAAACACAGAAGUGAACGGAAACUAUCACUAAAUAAUAAAGAUGUGAAAAAUGUUGCUGAAUACGCUUCCAAAAAUGAAGAUAAUUCACGUAAGGAGAAUAGAAAAGACAGACAGGUUUCCAUUGAUAAAGUAAAAACAGAACACAAGUCAAAAAGGUUGUCAGGGGAUGCUAGGCCACAGAAAGACUCUCAGAGUGCAUUAAAGCAACAUAGUUCUGUAAUAGCAAGGAGGAGUGAAAGUUACUCAGAAGAUAAACAUGAUGCAGAAUCAACUAACCUUGAUAAUACUUUAAGACAAGGUGACAGUACACACAAAGACAAACGAAGAUCAAAGAGUGUCUUGGAAGAAAGGUCCUUCUUAAAGUCCAAGUCCAAGAGUCACAAUAAACAAGCCAAAGUACCUGAAAGUGAAUUACAGGAAAGCUCCACCAAGCAGGAACCAGGGCAGAAAUUGGACAAGGAUAAGUACACAGAAGAGAGUGAUCCAGAUAAGCAGUAUAAAUCCAAAAAUGAAAUUAAAGUUUUUGAAGAAAAUUCUGUAGAAUUGGAGCUUGCAGGUGGAGUGCAUUCAGUUAGUAGUUCCCAAAAAGAUGCUAGUCAUAGAGUUAAGUUGCAGUCAGGAGAAAAAUCAUCCAUGAAGGAGAGAAGCAGAAGUGAUAAAGAUUUGGGCAGUUCUAGACUGGAGAGGAAAUUGCCUACAGAAGGUCACAGAAGCAGAAAUUUGAAGCAUAGUAGUAAAGACAUAAAAAAGAGAGAGGAAGACAACAAACCAGAGGAUAAAGGUGCUAAACAAUUAGAGAGUCAUGCAAAAAUACAAGAAAAUAAUGUGCCCACUGAUAAGAAACCCAUUAAAAGAUUAACUAGUGAAAACAGAAAGGGAAGUUCGUCAACCCAAGAAGUAGCUAUAGGAGAAGAAAAAGUCACACCUGUAAGCUGGCUUUUUCCAGCUCCUCAGAAGACAGUCUGGACUAGUGAACAUUCAUUACAUUCUGAACAAAGUCAGCAACCAAUGGAGAUUGAAUUAGAACAAAGGCACAGUAAUACACAUCAUCAAGUAUCUCAAGGUGAAGAAGGCAGCAGUAAUAAUGCACAAGAACCUAAACUUAAGAAUACUUCCAAAGAUCAGGUCCAUCAGAGUUUAACACAUGAAUUGAACAAAACUUUGCAUAUAAAGGAGGUAUCAAAAUCUGUCCUUUCCAGUUGCAGUAAUCCCAAACAAAAGGAUGAAUCUUUUCUUACAGAGGAAAUGGAUGCACCCAAUGAUGCCUUUAAACAACUUCUAAAGGAUGUAGGCCCCAUUGAACAGGAGCAAUAUCAUGCAAUCACUGAGAAUGAAGCAAGUGAUGAAACCCUGUAUGAUGCUUCUAAGGAGAAUGAAAAGCUGAAACACCGAAGAGUAGCUGAGAAUGCUCAAACUCCUGAGAAUCUUAAAAAUGUUACUGGUCCACCUGAAGCAAGCUGUUCUCCAGAAAACAAAGCUUCAAGAGAGGAUGCCGCCCAUCAAGAAACUAUGGAUACAGAGCUGGUAGAAGGUCCUUUGAGUUGUGUCUCUAAGGAGGAAUCUUUUAAUUUAGAUACACCUUGUAGCGAAGAUACCAUUUCAGACAAUCAAGCUUAUACUGUUGAAGUGCAGCAGCAUGAUACCACUACACUCAGUAGUAACAUAAAAGAGGGUAAUACUGCCAACAUGAAAAUUAUAACAGCUGACGGUCAAGUACCCCUGAGUCCUGAACAAGCAGGCACAGAAAACAUGAGUGCUUUAACAGGCAUUCAGGAAGCUACUGCACAAGAAAGAAUUGGAUUAAUUGGUGUUAUAAAGAAUGAUGGUCUGACUGGCCUACCAGUAGCCUUUAUGGAUGUAACUGCAGGAAAAUCUGCCCCUACCAAUUUCAAGGAAAAUCUGCCUCCACCAAUUUCAACAGAAAUUUCAGGUGAAGGUUCUUUUGUAAAGAAAAAUAAGGGUGCUACAGAAUGCAAAGGCAAAACAAAGGACAAUGAGAAUACCAGUGUUAUAAUAAAAUUGUCUUCAGGGUCACUGGCCAAAGAUGUUCUGGAAGGAAUAAGCAGAGUUUCUGUAGUGGCCAGUGAAGCAGAAGGAGUUAAUGUAAAAGGAGUUGUUGAAGAUAAAAUUGAAAGCAGUGUAGUUGGUAGUAGUGUAGGAGGCAGCAGUAUCCACAACAGCUUGGAGAUUGAUCCAGUUGUAAUAGGAACUAGCACAGAAGGAACAUCUGGGAGCACUGUAGCAGCUACCAGUACUGAGGAAGGCAUACAUGAAGGUACAUCAAAUUUGCAGAAAGAAGGUGAUGCCACCAUUACUUGUUCUGAAGAAAAAAGUAAGACAACUUUGAGAUGUACAAGUAUAGAAGCAGAUGAAGGUUUCAGUGCAGGCAGUUGGGCCGAAAAUAAUAGAAGUGCCCAUUCUGUAAUAGAAAAGUGCUUUGGUGAAUGUACUGUCACAGUAACUGAAGGAAGUGGUGGUGUUACUGAAGGGCUUGCAGUGUGCGAAAGUUCCUCAACUACUACAAAAGAAGAAGAAAGUGGUGAGUGCGUUGUCAAUUAUGUAGAAGAAAGUGCUAAACUUUUAGUUAAUGGAAGUAGAGUUCAACUUGAUCAGAGUGUGAGUAGUUUUGAAACAGAAGAGAAAGAUGAUGCUGUAACCAGUGCAGGCUCUGAAGAACGGUGUAUGGCUUCCGCAUGUGGUGAUACAAGCAACUUUGGCAGUGCUUCUACAGGUAUUAGUGAAACAGAAAGUGAUGGUGCUGUAACCAGUGCAGGUACUGAAGCUCAGGAUGGUUUUAUGAUCAGUGAAACUCCACAUGAAUUUCAGAGUAAUGCAGCUGGAAUUGAGCAGGUUAAAGCAGUGGAAGGUGCUGUGACUUGUACAGGUGCAGAAAUAGGAAGGAUUGGCUCUGCUCUCUGUUCAGUGACUGGUACAGACUCACAAGAAGAGAGUGCUGUGACUGGAGUGAGUGCUGAAAUGGCCAACAAUAUAGCAGCCAAACCACACACUGACAAAGGUGAAGACAUUGUGAAUGGUGAGAGUGCUGUCACCAGCACGGGUAUAACAACAGAAGAUGACCCUGAAACAGCAGCUUCUUGUACUGGCUUAGACAGCAAUGGAAGUUUUGUGGCAGCUUUAGAUACAGAAGAAAAAUAUGAGCAUGCCACUGACAGUACUGAAGCUAGAGCUGAAACAAAUGCCAUUGAGGUCAGUCAAGGCUCAUAUGAUGAUGAAGGUUGUGUGACCAGUACUGGUGCAAAAGAAGAUGAUGAAGAAGGGGAAAAUUUUGUUACUAGUACAGGAAGGGGCAAUGAAGAAGCAGAACAUGUUUUGGCCUGUACAGGAACAGAAGAAAGUGAAAGGGUGCUGGUUUGUGUGGGCGCCACAGAAAGUCAAAGUUCUUCUGACUGCCUAGUUGCAGGCCACCUUGGAACAGAGUUAGGCAAGCGUAUCUCAAAUGCAGAUAAAGCUACUGUUGACAGCAGGACAGCCUUGGAGAAAGAAAUCAAGAGUGAUGAUAUUCACAAUAUUGCAAAGGGAGUGGUUGAAAGUAGCACAACUAGUGUUGGUGUAGGCUGUGAAAAUAUGAUGGCCUUACUUGCUACAAAGGAAGAAGAAACUCUCUUUACUCAGAAAUAUGAGUGUGACAUGAUUAGUGCAACCUCAAAUAAUGAAAGUAUUGGUCAAGUGUCUGAGGAAGAGAGGAAUGAGAGUACCACAUCUUCCUUAGAUAACAGAAAAUGUGAAGGCCUAUUUAGGAUUGUCUCUAAGAAGGCAGCUACACCUUCUGCAUCUGCUAGUGAAGACGAUAAAGGUGAAGGUGAGAGAAUCUCUACAAGUGCAGUCAAUAUGUCCCCUACAUCCCCUACACACAGGUCUGCCAAGCACACUGAACAGACAUUGCCACAUGUUGCAAGAACAGUUAAAAAUGUCAAUAAAACCUCAAGUCUGACAGGCACAGAUUUCAGUGCCCCUAUGCCGAGUACAGCUAUUGAUCACAUGAAUCAGGAGGAAGCUGCUGUUAAGCCAAAUAAGGUUUCUACAAGUAUCUUGGAAGAAUUUGAAGCUCCUAUGCCAAGUGUAGCAACAGAAGAUGGGGACAGUCUACUUGCUACCAAAGGAGCUGUAGAAAUGGCCCCCAGUGUGGAAAUGUAUGCUGUUCCCAUGCCCAGUGUAUGUACUGGAAGAAGUGUUGAGAAGCAUACAGUCCAUGGCAAAGAGGAAAGAGACGAGUGCACUGUGAUUUCUACAAGCAUAACUGAAGAAGCAGAGGCUGUCAUUUCUCAAGAGGACACUGAGGGCAUAGCUCAGCAUCUUAGCUUAAGAUCAGAACAAACUACUAAUGUAGCUAUGAUUUCAACUAGCUCGAUAGAAAACUUUGAAACGUCAGUGUUUCCUACAGAGGAUCAAGAGAAUAAUCAAGUCUUCAGAACAGAAGGAAAGAUUGAAACAUUCACUAUCUCUACAACAGAAAGUUCUAACAGAGCCACUCAUGAUGUAGUGGUACAAAUGGAAACUAGAGAAAGAGAUGAGGAUACUAUGAUCUCCACAGAGCUAACAGAGGAAUGCAAGGCUUUUCAGGAUGCUGUCAGUCAAGAGUCUGAGUUAGUUGUUCAAAGCACAGAAAAAAGCAACCAAACUCUUAUAACUUUGGUUGAAAAGGAGGUAAAAUCUGAUGCCCAUGAGCUUAGUGUAGGUAAUACUAAACCUGACCAGCCAUUGGUUACCUUGAGUACACAGAAUAUGAUUGCCAGAAGAGUGGAAGAAUGUGACAGUGCCUCCUUUGUUGCCACCUCAAAAGAUGUUCCAUUUGAAUUUGCAAGCAUAGAAAAUGAAAGGAAAAUUGUCCCAUGUGCCAAAGAGUUUGAGUACACUACAUUGUUACCUUCAGAAAACAAUGAUAGCUCUUCAACUGUGCUUCAUAAAGAAGGUGAAAGAUUUUAUAAAGGAGAACAUGAAGAUACUCUCAAAGAAUCAACCACAUUGAAAACCACAAGUGACACCAAAAGCACAGAAAUGCCAAUGAAAACAGACAUUAAAACAUUGAAAACUGAAGGGGAAAAACUAUGCACUGAAAUAUGUUUAGACUUCUCAGCUGAUAAGGCAUCCACUGAAGUCUGUAUGCAUGGAAAUGGAACCCAAGAGGAUGGGCAACAUACUGAAGUUCCAUCAAGCCCUUCUGGAGGCCCUCUUGAAAGAGAGAGAGGGAAUGCGACUCUAACAAGAGAUGAUAUUAAUAACAAGCCAACUUUAAAAAGCGGUGUGGCUGAAGAAAGGAAUCUGCCCAACAGUGAAUGCUCACCUUUACUACUUUCUGAUUUGGGAAAAUUUUCUGAGGAAAGAACAUUCGCUAGAGGAACAGAUUUGUGCAGGCAAUAUAGCUCAGCUGAAAUAAAUACUGAUCAAGAACCGGAAGCUUUUUAUCAAGGGAGCACAGCAUACAGUAAUGAUAAAGAGAUUCUUCCAGUUGUGGCUGAAGAGCUGGAGCAAAAGAUGAAGGUAACAGCUGAUGAGGAUCUGCAAAGUCCAGCAAAGGAAAAUCUCUUUGAAGACAGUCAGCCAGAAGAGAUUUCUAAAGCUCCUGAAAUUUCGGGUACUUCAGCCCUAGUCGAAGCAGUAGAUGAUCAAGUUCCUGAUGAAAAAGCAUUAGAGGUAGAAAUACCUUAUCAGAAGAAAGAGAAUGACAAGCUGGAAACAGAAAGACACCCUGAUAAUGAAGAGCAUAAAUCAGAUGUUGGUCUGGUGUGCCAAAUUUUGGAAGAGGAAACUGAACGGAGCCAUUAUUUUGAAGCUACAACAGAAAUUAAUGCGGAAGCAACUGCUGGAGACACAAAAGAAAUGCCUGACGAUGGCCCUAAGUCUGAGAAACCUUCAUCAAAAGCUGUAGAAGAAAAAGAUGAGAAUGUUGGCAAAGUGGAUAUUUGUGAAAAGCCAGGUCUGGCAUCCAGUUUAAAUCCUGUUGAGGUAAACCAGCAAGUAAUAGUUAAACGGAAACGAGGAAGACCUCGUAAAUAUCCUGUUGCGAUAAUGACACCGCAGGCUCAAGCUUCUGAAGCUGACACAAGCACUGGGAAUGUGCUGCAAUCUUCAGGUCCUAGCAGUAGACAGAAGAUUACUCCAAAAGAAUUAGUACACAGGACUGAGAUGAAUUUUCAAUAUUUGAUUCCAAAUGGCCACAAACAAUUUAUGCAGUGCAUUGGAGAAAAUGACAGACAGUCUUGUCAAGAAAUUGACUUAAGGUACAGUGGCACUGUCCCUGAAGUGUGGUCCAACUAAAAUUGACAAAAUUUAUGUAAUACAAAAUCUGGAGAUGAAAAGCAGUACAUUCUAGCUGCAGCCACAGUGCGAAAGGAGAGCUGGAUGCAGCUGAAGAUGCCUGUAAGAAGACACUUGUUCCUGCAGCAGGUAGACACAGCUUCAUAUGUGCAACCUGCUUGGUCACAGAUAGUGUCUGCCAACAUAGGCAAUAAGUCUUCCAAUCCAUAGGGCACAAUAAUCCAGGAGUUAGGGUGUGCAAUCUACCAGACAAAUCUUGGGUGGAGAUCCACAAAUAACUUAGCUGGUCAACUUGGACUCAUGUUCCAACAGCUUAUGGGUCUGAACAUGUAUUUCCACACAUCAAGGCUUAGAACCAGAGAACUUUAUGGCAUUGCAGAAGUCGACAACUGUUGUCACCUCACACUUCCCCAAAUUUUUGAGAACACUUUUCCUUCUCACUACCACAUGCAGUCUGAGUAUUUCCUAGUCCUCCUUAUGAAGAAGCCUGAGAGAACAUAGCAUACAGAUUUCUUACAUUUCUCCUUGUUGAAGAUAAGUGCUUGCUUUUGUCUUUUCUGGUUGAUGCAGUUACAGUUUGCAUUAGUACUAGAAGCAGCUGCAAGAAGAUGGACCAUUCACCAUUCUCAAUAUAGAGAACCUGACACUGUUGGUAAAUCAAAGUUAUUGGUUAGAUGGAGCUAGAUGCAACAGUGAUAUUGAAAGGAAUUCAACUGUUAACAAAGCACAAAAACAGGUGCAAGGAACACGAGCAGUAUAUGUCUGUCAGAAGAAUGUUGGUGCUGCCUAUAAUGAAGUAUUUGGCCCUCUUGUUGAGUUCUUGAAUCAAUGCUUCACUCAUUGUGAAGCCCUCUGCCAUCUUAAAACUUUCAAUAAACCUGGAAGCUGUUCAUAAGGUGCUAAGUACAGAACUUGAUGUGGUAGAAAUCCCACUACAAUUUGAGGAGGUGCUGAAGUACCUGAUCAGUGAAGCUUGUAAGAUGACACUGCCCCAUUUGAUUCACAUUCUUGUAUUGACCAAAGUGUACAGAAACUUGACAACACUCAUGGCAUGUUUUCUAACAGUUAAGCCUUACAGAGCUGAUGUUGGACAUCUCAUCAGCAGUAGUAUCACACUGAAGUCUAUAACCAAAAACAUUCUAGUUGAGUCAGAAAAUGAAUGCCUCUACAUUUACCACAAUACUUCACCUCCCAUUGAAUGGAAUACUAGGGCAUGGGUGCUCCUAUGGAUGACUUAAAUGAGAAGGCAGAACAAAAGACACAGCUUAACAAAGAGAGCAGAUGUGACUUAAUAGAUUUUUCUCAGAAGUCUUACUGCCCACCCCAUAGAAUCUGACCAUCUUUUGAAAAAGGAAAUGUUGAUGUGAUAGGUAUAGUGUGAAAGGAAGUGUGGCACAUGGCACAGUUACGUAUGUUCUCUGCGUUUGUACUGCUCUUUGGGUGUACUAAAUCAUUGCCUGGCUGCAACAUCAGACUGGAUGAGUUCAUUCCAGACAUGAUUAGGGUGCUGUUAGUGGGUGGUUCUUCUGAUCACUUGCAAGGUGUUGUUUUAGUCUGUUUUGAAUUGAGUCACACUCCUCUUAAAGAUUCUUAGCUUAGGGGUACUGCUGGAGUCUUCCUUGCCACUUGAUGCCCUGUCUGCAAAGGGCUGGUUUUGUUUCAAUGAUUUAUACUCUGUUAAGCACCAAGUUCAAUUAUUGCAAUGCACUCUACAUGGGGCUGCCCUUAAGACUGUAGCUCAGAAGCUACAGCUUCUGCAGAGUGGCAGCCAAACUAAUAACGGAGACCAGAAGGCUGGGGCAUAUAACACCAAUUCUGGCCAGCUUGCAUUGAUUACUUGUAAGUUUCUGAACUUGAUUCAGGAUACAAAACCUAACAUAGCUUAGGACUGCAGUACCUGACAGAGCACCUCUCCCAACCAGAGUUUGCCUACUCAGGACACUACAGUCAACAUAUGGGGCCCUUCUCUGAGUUCCACCUCCAAAGGAAGCAAUGAGAGGACCUUCUCAGUGGCAGCCCCUUCCCCAUUAUGGAAUGAACACCCCACCAAAGUCUUCCAGGAACCAACUCUCUCAUCUUUUGGUACCAGGUUAAGACUGGCCUCUCCUCCAAGGCAUUUAGUAGCAUCUAAAGAUUUAAUGUUUAAUAGUGUGAGAACAGCUAAGCAGAGAUGUCAUGUCAUUUUUGGAGGAUACCAUAAGUUGGAGACAGCACAUAACCACUAACAGUGUGAUGGGGCAUUUGUGUUAACAGUUUUUGACUGGUCUAAUUGUACUGGAAUUGUUUCAGCUGUAGAUUUUUAAACUUUUUAUAUUGAAAAAAUAUGUUUUAUGCUGUUGUAUUGCACGGUGCUUUGUGAACUGUCUGGAAAGCUUCAGCUAUUGGGUGGUAUAGCAAUGAAAAAAAUUUGUAAGUAUGUAAAACCAUAUAAUGUGUCAUGUUUGUAUACCUGCUGAUGUAUUGAUAUAGACACUUUGAACUAGUCAAGUAGUUGGUCCCAAUAAUAUAUGAUUAGUGUGAGGUUAUGAAGAUUGAAAGGAAGUAGUAAUAAUCUUAGUUACCUAUUUUUAAAAUACUAUAUUUAUUUGCUAUAUAUAGGUAAUGUAGCUAUUACUUUAAGGAACAACCUUGUUCCUUAUUAAAGUCCGUAUUCCCAAGUACACAAAAAUGUAGUUUUUACUGUACCAUUGUUUCCAGAUACACAUUGGAAUACACAAAAGCUCUAAUGUGUUUGCCAGGGCAUUCUCUUCCACUUCAAAAGCACACUUCCCUAUAUUGUUGCAGAGUGAUUUUCACAGCUCUUAUCCACAUACAUGAGCAUUCCCAUUUAACCUUUGUGACCAGAAAUAUCAUGAUACUUAGGCCUAAGUGGCAAGGAAAGCCAAUGACAUAAUAGUUUCCUUCACUGAACCAGUCAUGUUUGAAGUAAAGCAAACCAGUAAUGAAUAUUGGAAGUGAAGCAAACCAUUGAACUAGUCAUGUUUAACGUCUGGGAAGUAACUUAAAUGUUGUUUUAGUAUGAUGUGGCAGAGUUUUGAAAAACAGUUUGGAAGGGCUAUCCCCUUUUUGUGUGUGCCUAUUUAAAAUGUGUGUGACCUUUAGUUAAACAAGGAUUUCUCAUCCUGGUGCCCUCCAGAUGUUUUGAUCAAAACAGCAGCCAAGAGGAAUCCUGGGGCUUCUGCUGUAAAGUAUCUAGAAGCCACAAAGUUGGUUAGACAAUAACUAAAGUGUGUGUGUUUGGAAAUAUACUUUAUACAGAAUUCUUAAA